UUUUCUACAGAGUGACGUGAGCGAGCAGGAAGUGAGAUACGCUCACAUGUAUUUGUGUUGCUUUGUUUUGGCGCCCACUUACAAGUUCACUUUCGUUGAGUGUAAACAUUCAUCGUUUCUGAUGUAAGCAAAAGUAAAGCAAAGUAUGUCUUCCGACACUGCCACUGUAGGGGGGAUUCAGGGGUAUCUCCUGAAGCUUCAUUCGUUUCUGUCAGACACAGAGACUAGGAAUGCAGCACUCGUCUGCCAUGAUAUUAUUGGAGACUUGGGGCAGGAGUGUAUGAUCACCAAGAAUGAGAACCAACUGGUCUUCCAGACAUCUUUGCUUUUUGCAAAGGAGGAGGGAUUGCUUAGCUUUCUCCGAAAGUCCCUUACUGAUGAAGCGCUGCGUGAUGCGAGAGUGGACAUUCUUAAUUUUCUGGCAGCAUUUCUACAGAGAAUGUCAGGCAUUGUCCGAGGAUGGGAAAAGAACUACGCUGUUGACCUUAAGGACACUUGUCUUGUCGUCUACACAAAGGACAAAGCUGCGAAAUCCAGAAGCCCUGCUUUAGAUUUGCUGAUCAAAAUACUGUAUCUUACUAAAGACUCCAGCAUCGCACAGGAUUUCAGAGUUGGUGAUAUGUUCAAUAAGUUUUACGGCGAGUUAAGUCAGAAGAACAAGAUACCAGAUACAGUGCUGGGUUACAUUUAUGAACUUCUUGGAGUGUUGGGUGAAGUGCACCCCAGUGAGAUGGUCAACAAUUCAGACAAACUCUACAAAGCCUACCUGGGAGAACUGAAGGGACAGAUGACUUCUACUACAAAGGAGCCAAAACUUCCUAUCGUUGCUGGAUGUCUGAAAGGAAUCACAGCUCUGAUGGUGAACUUCACCAAAUCUAUGGAGGAAGACCCAGUUAUGUCAAAAGAAAUCUUUGAUUAUGCACUGAAGGCCAUCUGUCCACAGACUGACUUGAAACGAUAUGCAGUCAUCUUUGCUGGUCUCAGACUGUUUGCAAAGCAUUCAAACCAGUUCGGCAGCUGUCUCAUGGAUCAUUACAUGUCUAUCUUUGAGGUUAUGUCCAAACUUUGUGGACAUAUCAAUGCAGAAUUAAAAAAAAGUAGUUAUACAGCUCUGGAGUCUUUCCUAAAACAGGUUGCCACUCUUGUGGCAGAGAACAUUGAGAUGCACAAAAGCAAGUUGAAGUUCUUCAUGCAAAAGUUCUGUGCUAUCAUCAGGACCAUGGAGUCCAGUAAUAAAGAACUCUCCAUUGCUAUCAGAGGAUAUGGGCUUUUUGCUGCGCCAUGUAAGGUGGUGUGCCCUCAGGAUGUAGAGCUGAUGUAUACAGAGCUGAUCCAGCGUUGCAAGCAGAUGUACCUGACCGAGUCAGACCGGGAUGAUGACAAUGUCUACCAGCUGCCAAGUUUCUUGGACUCCAUUGCAAGCGUUCUUAUUCACCUUGAUCGGAUCCCUGAAGUUUACACACCUGUGCUAGAACGCCUCCUUGUGGUUCAGAUGGACAGCUUCCCUCAGUACAGUACCAGAAUGCAGUUCACCACCUCUCGUUCCAUAAUCAAGGUGUUUGUUGCUAUGGCAGUACAAGGUCCGGUUCUCUGGAGUUUCACCAGUUCUGUGGUUCACCAAGGCUUGAUCAGAGUGUGCUCUAAGCCAGUUCUUCAGUCAGAAGAACAGAGCUUUUCUUCUGGUGAUUCUCAAACUGAGGAGAAUUCCACUUUGGUUCGGUCUGGGAAAUGGAAAGUUCCUUCUUCUAAGGACUACCUUGAACUCUUCAAAGGGCUUCUAGACUGUGAGAACCUUAAAGAUACAGGAUUCAUGGAUUUAGCUCCAGCUGCCAAGAACUACAACCUGAGAGACUUAAACCAACACUUAUAUAAUGCUCUGGUGCAGUCAAUAAUGAAGAUUGUGGAGAAACUUGAUCUUUCAGUGCAGAAAGUCAAUACUGGAGAUGAGGCACAGACUGAUGCAGGUGCUGGAUUUAUGCCUUCAUCUGAUCCCACAGCAAACUUGAUGCCCAACAAACCUAAAGACUUCAUUGCCUUUGUCAACUUGGUAGACUUUUGCAGUGAAUUAUUGCCUUCAAGAAAUCCAGAGUAUUUUAGCCAGUGGAUGCAUCCUCUGUGUCAUGAGCUCAUUCUGCAGUCAAUACGCUUUCCACUGGUCAGCGGAUUUUAUAAGCUCCUUUCCCUUUCCAUGGGCAUUGCCAAGAAAGCACACUAUUUUGAGGGCUUAAAGGAAGGACAUAAAGGUGGCUCCUCAAUGGAAAAGGCCUGUUUUUCACUUCUUGCAAAGUUUGGAAAGGAGGUUUGUGUACGUGUGAAACAGUAUAAGGAUGAGCUGCUAGCUGCUUGCCUGAUGUUCAUCCUCUCUCUUCAUCCUGACAUGGUUGCUUUGGAUAUGAAAGCAUAUAUUUCACCUCUGCAGGCGGCUCUGCGGUUGGGUUUAAGUCAUCCUCCAUUAGCCACAGCAGCACUGGACGCUCUGGAAUCCUGGUCCUCUCACAUUCCCACAUCCAUCAUGCAGCCGCACUACGCUGAUAUACUUCCGCAUUUAGACGGCUACCUCAAAACAACCAGUACCUCUGAAAAAGAUGACAACAAAAUGGAAGUGACAUUUCUGUCAACGGGCAGUUCUAAAGGAUACGGCCAAGUUAUGAUGAGACUUCUAAAGAAAACAAAAUACUUGCCAGUGGGCGAUGAGUCUCCUAUUGCUGCUGUGAGACGCAGGGUGGUGCAUCUGCUUGGACGUUUGGGAGGACAGCUUAACAGGAGCCUUGUGACGGCUGUGUCUGCUGAGGACAUGAUGAAGCGUUUCGUAGCGUGGGACAGUGAAAAGAGGCUGAGUUUUGCUGUGCCUUUCAAAGAUAUGAAGCCUGUAAUCUACCUGGACUCCUUCCUGCCACGUGUCACAGAACUCGCACUGUCCUCCAGUGACAGACAAACGAAAGUGGCAGCAUGUGAGCUUCUGCACAGUCUGGUAAUAUACAUGGUGGGUAAAGGAGCCCAGAUGACAGAAGAUGAAAAGUCUGCUCCUCCCAUGUACAACCUACACAGAAGAGUUUUUCCUGUUCUUCUACGCCUGGCCUGUGACGUCGACCAGGUGACGAGGCAGCUCUUUGAGCCUCUUGUGAUGCAGCUUAUCCACUGGUUUACCAACAACAGAAAGUUUGAGAGCCAGGACACCGUAGCAGUGCUAGAGGCCAUUUUGGAUGGAAUGGUGGAUCCAUUAGACAGCACCCUCAGAGACUUCAGUGGCACCUGUAUCCAGGAAUUUGUCAAGUGGUCAAUCAAACAGACUACACCCAAACAGCAGGAAAAUAGUCCAGCUAACAUAAAAUCUCUCUUUAAGCGCAUCUACAGCUUGGCUUUGCACCCCAAUGUCUUCAAAAGGCUCGGGGCAGCACUUGCCUUCAACAGCAUGUACAGGCAUUUUAGAGAAGAGAACUCUUUGGUGGAACAAUUUGUCUUUGAGGUGCUGGUGGUGUUUGUUGAGAGCCUGGCCCUGGCCCACUUUGAUGAGAAGUCCCUCGGAACUGUCCAACAGUGUUGCAGUGCUCUGGACCACCUGAAGAGAAUCAUCAAACACAAGGCAGAUACCCUCAAUAAAAGUGCAAAGAGACGCACACCCAGAGGUUUCCCUGCGGAUCAAGCAGUCUGCCUGUCGGAUGUAGUCAUGUGGUUGCUGACCCAGUGUGGACGACCACAGACUGAAUGUAGACACAAAAGCAUGGAGCUCUUCUAUGAGUUUGUUCCUCUUUUGCCAGGUCAUGCAUCUCCUGUGGUUUGGCUGGAUCAACAGUUGAAGCAGCAUGGAUCAGGGUUUCUCAUUUCAUGCUUGGAAGGAGGUGGUUUACUUUCUCAGCCUACCUUGAGAGAGGUUGAAGCCCCCUUUAGCAUCAAAGCCACCUUGCAAUGGAUGGAUCUUCUACUGGCUGCUCUUGACGGCUACAAUACCUUCACAAGUAUGCGCUGUAUUCAGCCCCAAAAGAUUCUGGGUACUGGCGACAAGUCCAGCUUUUUGCCAGCCAUCCGUUUUUUCUUGAUAGAGUUGUCCAUGCAGGAUGUAAAGGCUGCCAGCGCUUGCUUCAAAGCGGGCAAUGUAGUUCAGCCACACUUCAGCCCACGAGAAACGGAGCAGUACAACUACAGCAAGUGCUCCAUCAUCGUACGACUGCUAGAGUUCACCACCAUGGUACUGCAGAAAUGUCCACAGGACCUCUGGAAGUUUAUGGAGCAGGACGUUUUCAACUCCUCUUUCUUCGCACUGGUGGCGCUGACAGUGUGCGACCCCUCAUCCAUUGGGUUCAACAUGGCCGAUCUGGAGGUCAUGAGUCAGCUGCCAGAGGUCUGCAUUCCUCUGCUGAAAGCUUUGGCAUCGACACCUUACAAGACAGAACUUGAAUGCGGCAUAAAGAAGAGAAUUACCACACAGGGUGUUGAGAAGUUGUGUGAUGUUGAUCUAUAUGAGCCAAACACCACAGAAAGUCACGCUGAUAUACAUCUAUUGCUCUCAGCCUGUAAGCAGCUUCAUCAGUCUGGGCUGCUCAACUCAGUCUUGCACAGUCAGGAUCCUGGUUACGGUCACUCUCUUGGAUCCAAACUUCUCACUAGUGUGUAUAAAAGCAUUGCACCUGGAAGUGACAGAAAGUCUCUGCCGUCCAUGGAUGUUGGCAGCAGGAAGUUGGCUGACAGACUUCUGCAGCUGGCCUUCACUUUGGGUGAUCAGAGUGAAGACAUGGUUGGUCUUCUGCUGAACACCAUCACGCUCUCCGUUCCUCUCUCCGGCAGCCUGAAUCCUCACUUCCUCAGCUUCUCUCAUGGGGAAUUUUUUUACAGUCUCUUCCAGACAUCUAUCAAUGCAGAGUUGCUCUGUAGUCUAGAUCGCACCGUACCGAUUCUGUUAACAGCAGCCAAUCAGAAUUCAUGCAUGGUUAGUGUUUUACUCAACGGCAUGUUGGAUCAUAGUUUUCGUGAGCGCUCUGUCAGAAAAUCUCAAGGAUCAAGAUUGGCUGAACAGGUGCUGAAAGGGUGGGACUUACUCAGGCCUUGGUGGGAAGGUCCUUCAGCAUCACCAAAAAGCAAAACCUCUGUCCUGUCUUUGCUUGCCAAAGUUCUUCAGAUUGACUCGUCAGUUUGCUCCAAUACUGAUCAUCCAGCAUUUAAUACAGUAUUCACCACCUUCACCGCUCUUAUCACAGAUGUAGCUCUUCCUUUAAAUCUGAAGAGCCAGGCUCUGGUUAUGCUGCCCUUCUUUACUUCAUUACCCAGCAUGCCACUGGAGGAGCUCAGGAGGGCUCUGGAGGCGCUGGUGGCUGCACAUUUCCCUAUGCAGUCAGAUGAAUUCCCUCGCGGCUCACUUCAGUGCAACAACUACAUGGACUGCAUCCGCAAAUUUUUGGAGGCCCUGCAGCUUUCUCAGAGUCCUGUGUUACUAAAGCUGAUGGCUAGAGUUUUGUGCAGGGACAAAAAACAUAUCAUGGAGGAUCUCUUUCAGGCUUGCUUUCAAAAAAUUGCUCACCAGUCCGUGUUGGAAAGAAAAGUUCUUCUCCUCAACUCUGUCUACCAAUCAUUUCAAGCUAAAGAUGUUCCAUCAAAUUCAAUGCUUAUGGGUCUAAUAGACAGAGUCCUGCUGCCAAUGGCCAGUCAUUGCAGCCCUCCAGCCCUGUCUCAGUUCUUUAUCACUAAUAUUGCCGAAAUUAUGACUACUCUUCAAACACGCUUCACCAAGUCUGUUGAGUCAGCGUUUGAAAGUCAAAUUAUGAUGAAGAUGGGCUGUUAUAAGCUGAUGGAGAUGUUAUACUCUCGGCUGCCGAAGGAGGAAGUCUACUCUAAAAACUCAGUUAUUAACCAGACCUUCUGUGGUACAGCUAACGCUGAAGGCAAUGAGCUUUCCAAGAGCCUCCUCAAGUCAUGUUUUGAGGCUUUCACUGAGAACAUGAGCGGAGAGACCGUUCUGCUGGAGCUGAGGAGACAAUAUCACUGUGCUGCUUAUAACUGUACCAUUGCCCUCAUCAGCUGCAGCUUCAAUGAGACUAAGUUUUAUCAGGGUUUCCUAUUCACUGAGAAACCUGAGAAGAAUCAACUCAUAUUUGACAACCUCAUUGAUGCACAAAGGGUGUACAAUUUUCCUAUAGAGAUUGAUUUGCCUAUUGAGAGGAAGAAGAAAUAUGUCAUGAUCAGAAAAGCAGUGACUGGAGAAGAUGGAGAUGCUCCUGUAUAUCUCUCCUCACAGUCGUACAUGGCCGACAGCAGUCUCAGUGAAGAGAUGAGUCAGUUUGACUUCUCCACUGGAGUUCAGAGCUUCUCCUACAACUCCCAGAACCCUUCAGGAGAAAGCAGCUCUGUCAGGACUCGAGAACGUAAGGAGGUCUUGUCUCAGGACGAGACUGUUGAGUUGGAGAUGGAUGAGUUAAACCAGCAUGAAUGUAUGGCUAAUAUGACCGCACUGCUGCGUCACAUGCAGAGGAACAACAUCACCCCCAUAGUAGAGGAGGGUGUAACACCUAGCGAUCUUCCUCCCUGGAUGAAGUUCCUGCAAGGGAAGCUGAACAAUCCUUCCACCCCACUGAAUAUUAGACUCUUCAUUGCCAAGCUGAUCAUCAAUACUGAAGAGAUAUUUCGUCCAUAUGCUAAGCAUUGGUUGGGCGCACUGAUACAGUUGGUAGUUUCCAGUAGCAAUGGAGGAGAAGGCAUUCACUUUAUGGUGGUGGACAUUGUGGUGACUGUUCUCUCCUGGAGCAGUGUUGCCAAUCCAAAGGGUAACACUAGAGAUGAGAUUUUGGCCAAUAGGCUGCUUGGGUUUUUGAUGAAGAACUGUUUUCAUUCCAAACGGCCCGUGUUUCGCCACAAUUUGGAGAUUAUCCGCACAGUUGUAGAAUGCUGGAAAGACUGCCUCACAGUACCCUAUGAUUUGAUAUAUGAGCGCUUUGCUGGAACCGACCCCAACAGCAAAGAUAACUCUGUUGGACUUCAGCUCUUAGGCAUUGUGAUGGCCAAUAACCUUCCACCUUAUGACGCUGCCAGUGGCAUUGAUCACGACAGAUACUUUUAUUCUCUAGCCAACAACCUAUCAUUCAUCAGAUAUAAAGAGGUGUAUUCAGCGGCUGCUGAGAUCAUCGGGUUAAUCCUGAACUACUUAACUGAAAGAGAAAAUCUAAGUGAAGGGCCCUUACUGAAUAUCACUAUUACUAAGCUCACAGAAUUGAGGAAGAAGGAGCUGGAUGACAAAUUCAUCAUUGGCCUGUGCAAAGUGUCCAAACACUUCCCACCGCUGGUGGAUCACUUUGUGAAUCCUGUAUUUUUUCUGCUGCCAAAGCUGCAUGGUGUGUUGAAGACGCAUUGCCUAGAAUGUGUUCUCAGUCGUGCUGAUGUCAUUCCUGAAAUCUACCUUCACCUCAAGACCAAAGGCCUGUCACAGAUCAUGAGUCACAGAGAUGAAUCCAGGCAGCGUGUUUGUCUGGACAUCAUACAUAAGAUCCUGGCUUGUCUGAAGCCAGAAGAGCUAAAGGAGCUUCUGGGAGCAGUCAUCGCGUUUGUGUCUCAUCCUUCACCUGUCUGCAGAGAGCGGAUGUAUGACAUCUUGAUGUGGAUUCAAGAUAACUACAGUGAUUCAGAGAGCAAAGAAGACAGUACAUCUGUGGAAGUGCUGAAGACCGCUCGGGAGACUCUUCUCCAGGGGCUGAUAGAUGAGAACAAUGGCUUACAGCUUUAUGUGCGUAAUUUCUGGAGUCAUGAGAGGCGUCUACCUCCGGCCACACUGGAUCGUAUGCUUGUUGUGCUGAGAUCGCUGUAUUCAUCACAUAUUGAGGAACGGUUCCUCAGCCUGGUAACAGACCUGCUCUUGGAGAUGACCAGUCACAGUCCUGACUACACACGCAACAUGUUUGAAUUCCCACUUUCAGAGUGCAAAUUCCAGGACUACACAAUACAUUCUAACUGGCGUCUGCGAAGUACAGUCCUAACGCCCAUGUUUAUGGAGACCCAGGCGACCCAGGGCCCUGGCACUCAGGGUUCAGAAGCUGGAGUGAACCAGGCAGCUACAAUCAGGGGGCAGAUCAGGGCCACACAGACCUCCCUGGAGUUCUCUCAAACUCUGGCUCCUGGUUCAGGACGGCGUUCAGCCUAUAACUGGUUAACAGGAAGUAGCGUGGACACGCUGGCUGAUUAUUCCCUCUCGUCUGAUUCUCUCUCAUCACUCUUGGUGUUUGAGAAAAAGAGAUCGGAGCGUCCUCAACCUGCAUUGAGAGCCGUGGGCGCGGGAUUCGGUUCCAAACGUCUGACCGCUUCCAGUGACGAGACGGACAGUCGAAGUGUAGCUGAGCGGGAGAGACGUGCAGACAUUCUAAGGCUCAGGAGGAGAUUUCUAAAGGACAGAGAGAAGGAGAACAUCAAAUUCGCCAAGAAAGAAAUUCAGUCCCAAAAAUCAGAAAGGGAGAGGAGAGCAGAUUUAAAGAUCCGUCAGGAUGCUCAGGUCACAUUGUACCGCAGCUAUAGAGUUGGAGAUCUUCCUGAUAUUCAGAUACAGUACAGCAGCCUCAUCGCCCCACUGCAAGCUCUGGCACAGAGGGAUGCCACACUGGCAAAGCAACUGUUCAGCUCACUAUUUGCAGGGGUGCUGGUCGAAAUGGAGGCAUCCAAGUCCAGUAAAGAAACAGCAAGCAUUAUGAAGGAUUUACUGCAGACGUUGAACACCUUCCUCAACACAAGCACCGUCUACUUUCCCCCUUUCAUUUCCUGUGUGCAGGAUAUGAGUUAUCAUCAUAAAGCCCUACUUGAUGUUAAGCCGGCCAACGUAAGUGCCAGCUGUCUUGCCAGUUUGCAGCAGCCCAUGGGCAUCCUGUUACUGGAGGAGAGUUUGCUACACGCAGCCGGACCAUCAGAGGAACCUCCCACCAAACGCGCACGAGGAAAACGGGAAUUGCCACCUGACACUGAGAGAUGGAUCCACCUUGCCAAACUCUACAGGUCUUUACAAGAUUAUGAUGUGGUCAGGGGAAUCUUUAGUGGCAAGAUUGGUACAAAGGAAAUAACUUCUACAGCCCUGCAAGCAGAAGCAAAGAGUGAUUAUGCUGAAGCAGUGAAGCUCUACAAUGAGGCUCUGAACCAUGAGGAAUGGAAAGAUGGUGAGCCCACAGACACUGAGAAAGAUUUUUGGGAGAUUGCUGCACUGGAAGCUUACGAUCACCUGACCGAGUGGAAAUCUCUUCAGUACUGUGCCACAGUCAACAUUGACAACAGCUCACCCAUCGACCUAGACAAGAUAUGGGCAGAGCCGUUUUAUGUGGAAACAUAUCUGCAGUACAUGAUGCGUAGUAUGUUGAAGCAGUUGCAGCUGGGACAGAGAGAUCAGGCGCUGCUCAGCUUUGUCGAUGAUGCUAUGAAGAAGGAAGAGCGCAAGAUUGUCAUGGAGACCCACUACAGUCAGGAGCUGAGUCUGCUGUACAUCCUGCAAGAGGACUAUGACAGAGCCAAAUACUAUGCCAAUAACUGCAUGCAAGUCUUUAUGCAGAACUACUCGAGCAUUGACCCACUGCUGAACUGCAGUCGUCUGGCUGUGCUGCAGUCUGUCCAAGCUCUGACAGAAAUCCAAGACUUCCUGAAUUAUAUCACAGGAGAGGUCUCAGUAAAUUCUCUAAAGAACUUGAUCAGACGAUGGACCAGUCGCUAUCCAGAUGCCAAACUGGACCCCAUGAAUGUUUGGGAUGACAUCAUCACAUCUCGUUGUUUCUUCCUGGAUAAGAUUUUGGAGAAGCUGAGUUCCACCCCUGAAAACAGCAUGGAGGUGGAUGGUGCAGAGCAGACGGGUGGAGAGGAACUUGGCACACUGGUGAAGACUUGCAAGUUCAACAUGAAACUUCAAAUGGCAAACAGCGCAUGGAAACAGAAUAACUUUCCAGUGGCAACAAAGCUUCUGAAGGAACUUCACCGGGAUGCAAAGACGGAUGAUGCCUGGCUGCUCCGCUGGGUCCACAGUUUCAGCCGUUUCACUCAUAGAAGAAGGGCUGGUCUUGGAUCUGCUGAACAGUUGAAUUUUCUGCUCAAGAUUGUUCCACUUUUGAUGGACAUAAAGCAACAGAGUGAAAGCUCCUCCAAUCGCAUGUUCCGUGACCAGAAGAUCCUUCUUGGCACCACCUAUGAUUUGAUGGCCAGUGCUGUGGAUCGCAGUCCAUCUGCCCUGGAGACUCUUGGAGAAGAGAAAGCGCAAAAAGUUCUCAAACUUGCAAUGGCCUCAUCCAUCCCUCAGGUGGUGGAGGGUCUGCAGAUGCAGGCUUUGGAGCUGUUGCACAGUGCUGCCCGUAAGGCUGAAGAGGAGGAGCAGUCCUUCAAACAACAACAUCUGGACACACGUGGUAUUGUGGAUGCCUACAUGACCUUGGUGAACUUCUGUGACAGAAGACUGAGAGAGAGUGAACAGAAAGACGAGCCAUUAAGUUCUAAGCUGCAGUCAUUACCUGGACAUGUAGUGAAGUUGAUGCUGAAAGCACUGAAGCUCAGUUCAGACGAGGCCAGGCUUAAGUUCCCUCGACUGCUCCAGAUAAUUGAGCUUUACCCUGCUGAAACCCUGGACCUGAUGGUCAGAGAGGUAGUUAAUGUGCCUUGCUGGAUGCUGAUUGGCUGGAUCAGUCAAAUGAUGGCUCUGCUUGAUAAGCCACAGGCGACAGCAGUUCAGCAUAUUAUUGAGGAGAUUGCCGAAUACUAUCCACAAGCUCUGAUCUACCCGUACAUGAUCAGCAGUGAGAACUACACCUUUGAGGAGACUGCGAGUGGUCAGAGGAACCGGGAGUUUGUUGAGAACCUGAAGUCAUCACUGGAUAAAGGUGGGGUUAUUCAAGAAUUUGUAGAUGCCCUUCAGCAGCUUACAAACCCUGAAAUGCUAUUUAAGGAUUGGUGGGACGAGGUGAAGAUUCAACUGGAUAAACCAAACCUGGACAAACAGAAGAUUAAGCAGCUAUAUGAAGAAAUGAGUGGAUUGCUUGGUGAUUCAAAGUGCCCAAGAUUUGGAUCCUUCAGAAGAAAAUUCAUUCAGAAAUUCAGUAGGGAAGUAGAAAAGCUGCUUGGCCCUGGAGGUUCCAAACUGUAUGAGAAGCGUAAGGACAAGUCGUUCAUCCAGCAGGUGGACCAAAUGGCUUUUUCAAUGAGAGGUGAAAAGAAGGAGCCAGGAAACCUGAAGGAGUACUCACCCUGGCUCAGCAGCUUCAAGGCAGACACAAUCAAAAAUGAACUGGAAGUGCCAGGUCAAUAUGAUGGAAGAUCAAAGCCUUUGCCAGAGUAUCAUGCAAAGAUCACAGGUUUUGAUGAAAGGGUUAAGGUAAUGACAUCUAUUCGACGGCCGAAGCGUCUCAUCAUACGAGGAGAUGACGAGAAGGAUUAUCCGUUUCUGGUGAAGGGAGGAGAGGACCUGCGGCAGGACCAGCGCAUUGAGCAGCUCUUUGGUGUCAUGAACAUGAUCCUCAGUCAAGACACUACCUGUUCUCGACGUAGCCUGGCACUCCGCACCUAUCAGGUCAUUCCCAUCACCAGCAGGAUCGGCCUGAUCGAGUGGAUGGAGAACACUUGCACACUGAAAGACUUUCUCUCCAGCAGAAGAACUGAAAAGGAGCAAAAACAAAUUAUGCAUCCCAAUGAAUCUUAUGAAAACUGGCUCAAUAAAUUUGCCGGAAAAACAGAGGGCAUUAAACGGUAUCCAGAACUGUACAAGAAAGCUAAACGUGCUGAUACUGUGAACAACUUCAGGAAAAUUGAGCAGAUGGUGCCUGAUGACCUAUUAAAACGUGCCUUUGUGAGGAUGAGUACCACACCUGAAGCCUUCCUUUCAUUAAGAUCGCAUUUUAGCAGCUCACACGCUGUGCUCUGCAUCAGUCACUGGAUACUAGGCAUUGGUGAUCGCCAUCUCUCCAACUUCAUGAUCAACACAGAGACCGGUGGCAUGAUCGGCAUUGACUUCGGUCAUGCAUUUGGAUCAGCAACACAGUUUCUCGCAGUGCCUGAACUGAUGCCAUUCAGACUGACAAGGCAAUUUGUGAACCUGAUGCAGCCCAUGGCUGUGUCCGGUCUCAUUCAGAGUGUGAUGGUCCACUCACUCCGAGCCUACAGAGAUGACCCAGACUUGUUACUCAACACCAUGGAUGUGUUCGUAAAGGAGCCUUCACUGGACUGGAAGAACUUUGAGCUCAAGCAGUUGAAGAAAGGUGGUACCUGGACAGAAAGUGUCAAUACCAAAGAAAUAAACUGGUUCCCUCUACAGAAGGUCAACUUUGCUCGCCGGAAGCUGCAGGGAGUCAAUCCCUCAGUUAUAACAAGUGAGGAGCUUUCUCUGGGAUUUGAGAAGAAUCCUGAAUAUAAAGGCAUGGUGGCUGUUGCCCGUGGAGAAGAACCACACAACAUACGGGCCAAGCACAAGGAGGCAGAUCUGAGUGUUGAAGAGCAGGUAGACUGCCUGAUCGAUCAGGCAACUGAUCCCAAUCUACUGGGCAGGGUAUGGGCAGGCUGGGAGCCAUGGGUUUGAGUUAAAUUGUAUUUCUGGCAUAUAAAAAAAAACUUUCUAAUAAAAACCUGUUGAAAUAGCCGUUAGCACUAUACAACAUUUCUCUGCUGUCAAACUGUAAUAGAAGGCUGUUGUAGUAAUGUUCAAAACACUUAUGUAUAGUUGUGUUUGGUUCAUGUGAAGCCAUUUUGAUGAAGAAAAACUGAAGUGAUACAUCCUAAGGCAGAGGUCUUCAACAUUGUUCCUGGAACCCACUGUCCUGCAGAGUUUAGCUCCAACCCUUAUCAAACACACAUGAACCUACUACGCAAGAGCUUCAGUAUCACUUGUAAAUUAUAGGUGUGUUGGUGCUGGAUUGGAUCUAAACUUUGCAGGGUACUGGAUCCUCAGGAGCAAGGUUGAAGAUAUCUGUCCUAAGGUGUCUUCAAAUGUGUUGUAAUGUUUUUGGAAACAUUUUUCUAAAAAAAAAUAAAGCUUACAAAAGAUAUGAGCUGACAUGAAAGGCUGAGACUUUUUACUAAGGCAAUUGCCAGAUGUGCUUUCAUUGUUCCUUAUUAUAAAGAUGACACUUGAAGGAUCUGAAUAGAACCACCAAUGUGUGAA